GCGGCUAUCAGCGCCUGCGCCCAGCGCAGCCGGUAACGCGUCCGGCAAGCCGCAAUCCAAACCCGUUCUGCCUCCACAGCCGCCGCCGAGGUGCUGGCGAAAAAUGUGGGUUUUUGGUUACGGGUCCCUGAUCUGGAAGGUGGACUUCCCCUAUCAGGACAAGCUGGUCGGACGCAUCACAGGCUACAGCCGGCGUUUCUGGCAAGGCAGCACAGACCACCGCGGAGUCCCGGGCAAGCCUGGAAGAGUUGUGACUCUUAUUGAAGAUCCUGGGGGCUGUGUAUGGGGUGUUGCUUACAGACUGCCAGCAGGAAAGGAAGAAGAAGUAAAAGCGUACCUUGACUUCAGAGAGAAAGGAGGCUACAGGACCACAACAGUCAUUUUUUAUCCAAAAGAUCCCACUACAAAACCAUUCAAUGUGUUGCUAUAUAUUGGAACACAUGAUAAUCCUAAUUACCUUGGUCCUGCACCUCUGGAAGAUAUUGCUGAACAAAUCUUUAAUGCAGCUGGUCCAAGUGGAAGAAAUACAGAAUAUCUUUUUGAACUUGCAAAUUCUAUUAGGAAUCUUGUGCCAGAAGAUGCAGAUGAGCAUCUUUUCUCUUUGGAAAAAUUAGUAAAAGAACGUUUAGAAGGAAAACAGAACCUCGACUGCUUAUAAAGACCUAAUCAUUGACUUUUCCAGAGAAGUAGAACUUUUAGUCUUCAAGAAUAGUUGCACUGCACAAUGACAAUAUGAUUUGGAAACAUAUUUAGUUGAAGAUCUUAUUUAUUUUUAAUGUUGUAGUCAAGAUAUCAUCAAAAUUUAUAGUUAAUUCCAUGUGUCCUGAAACACAUAUAUAUUCAAAGUAUAGGGUAUAGUUAAAGAAAAAAUUCAAUUGUAUAUUGAACACUUGAUCAUGAGAAGUUCUUUAGAAAAAUACAAGAAAUUUCACAGCUUGUUUUUUAAUCAGAGUAAAAAUAAUUUUGUUCUUUCAUAUGACAAUACUUUUUUGAAGUUGUAGAGAAUUAAAUAAAAAACCCAAUAAAUAUAAUAAGGUAUACCUCCAA